GAAUUCACUGAAGCAGCAGAUAUUUAUGGGUUUGGAAUGAUAAUGUCAGAAUUGAUUAGUGGUGAACCACCUUUUUUUGAUAGGAAAUAUGAUGAAAACUUGGCUUUGGCUAUUUGUUAUGGUCAACGUCCACAAUUUCCAGAAUAUACACCUGAACCAUAUGCUAAAUUAAUGAAACGUUGUUGGGAUCCUAUUCCUACCAAUCGUCCAACGGCUAAGGAAUUAAAUAGCCAGCUUACAGAUUUA